AUGGCACAGAAAGGAGUUCAGCUUGACCAAGAAACAUUUUCUUGUUCAAUCUGUUUGGAUUUACUGAAGGAUCCGGUGACUAUUCCCUGUGGACACAGCUACUGCAUGAGCUGUAUUAAAGGAUUCUGGGAUGAGGAGCAUCAGAGGAAUAUCUACAGCUGCCCUCAGUGCAGACAGACCUUCACACCGAGGCCUGUCCUGAAGAAAAACACCAUGUUAGCAGCUUUAGUGGAGCAGCUGAAGAAGACUGGACUCCAAGCUUCUCCUGCUGAUCACUGCUAUGCUGGACCUGAAGAUGUGGCCUGUGAUGUUUGCACUGGGAGGAAGCUGAAGGCCUUCAAGUCCUGUCUGACCUGUCUGAUCUCUUACUGUGAGAAUCACCUCCAGCCUCAUUAUACUGUUGGUCAACUUAAAAAGCAUAAGCUGGCCGAGCCCUCAAAGAAGCUCCAGGAGAACAUCUGCUCUCGUCAUGAUGAGGUGAUGAAGAUGUUCUGUCGUACUGAUCAGCAGAGUAUCUGUUAUCUCUGCUCUGUGGAUGAACAUAAAGGCCACAGAACAGUCUCAGCUGCAGCAGAAAGGACUGAGAGGCAGAGAGAGCUCGAGGUGAGUCGACUAAACAUCCAGCAGAGAAUCCAGGACAGAGAGAAAGAUGUGAAGCUUCUUCAACAGGAGCUGAUCUGUCACAUCCGUAAAAGAAGCUCUGAUGUGAAGCAGCAGAUCAGAUCCCAGCAGCAAACUGACGUGAGUGGAGUCAUAAAGCUUCAGGAGAAGCUGCAGCAGGAGAUCACUGAGCUGAAGAGGAAAGACGCUGAACUGAAGAAGCUCUCACACACAGAGGAUCACAACCAGUUUCUACACAACUACCCCUCAGUGUCACAACUCAGUGAACCUACAGACUCAUCCAGCAUCAAUAUCCGUCCUCUCAGAUACUUUGAGGAUGUGACAGCAGCUGUGUCAGAGCUCAGAGAUCUACUACAGGACAUCUUGAGGGACAAAUUGACAAACAUCUCACUGGCAAGGACUGAAAUAGACGUUUUACUGUCAGAACCAGAGCCCAAGACCAGAGCUGAGUUCUUAAAAUAUUCACGUAAAAUAACUCUGGAUCCAAUCACAGCAUACUCAUAUCUGUUAUUAUCUGAGGGGAACAGAAAAGCAGAAGCAAUGAGACAACAACAGUCUUAUUCUUGUCACCCAGACAGAUUCACUGUAUGGCGUCAGGUCCUGAGUAGAGAGAUGCUCAUUGGGCGUUGUUACUGGGAGGUGGACUGGAGAGGGACAGGAGCAGUCAGUGUAGCAGUUGCAUACAAAAAUAUCAGCAGAGUAGGAGACUCAAAUGAAUGUGGAUUUGGAUAUAAUGCCAAAUCCUGGAUGUUAUAUUGUCCAUCUAAUGGUUAUGAAUUUUGGUUCAACAACAUCAGAACUCCUAUCUCAGGUCCUCAGUCCUCCAGAGUCGGAGUGUACCUGGAUCACAGAGCAGGUAUUCUGUCCUUCUACAGCGUCUCUGAAACCAUGACUCUCCUCCACAGAGUCCAGACCACAUUCACUCAGCCUCUCUAUGCUGGACUUUGUCUUUAUUAUGGAGCUCCAGCUGAGUUUUGCCAACUGAAAUAG